CUCUUACGUCCGGUCGAGCAUCCUCAAGGGGCAUUUGAGCCAAGCAAACUAUGUGGAGAAACAAGGCGCCCACCACCCGUAUCGCUACUCCUGCUAAGCAAGAACAAGCACCUGCUCUAUCCCAUGGCACUUGGCGCAUGCCGUAUUUCCGCAAGUACUCGUAUUGCAGGCGAAGCAUGAUGGCUGCAGCUUUGGAAAGUCCAUGUACAUGACUGACUGCCUCAGGGGUCGGCGUCCGACUGAUCAUCUAACGUGCUAGGAGACACCUUCCUUUUCUCCCCACUAACACAGAUAUUUUCUUCCGCCAACACACACCUCUGUCGUACGAUUCCUAGGCUGUUAUUCGAUAGGUCGAACCAAACAUUGCCCUAUGCACAUUUGCAAGCAUCGGCAACCUGCGCGAACGACACACUUGGUUGUCGCACAGAGGGUUGGCAUCCCGCUGCUGAUCAGUUGUAGAUCCUCCACGACGGGUACCUGCACGAAAAAAACCAAGAUCAAUAUUCCAAAUGUAGAUCAUUGCAACGUCCAAUCGAUAUCGAGAUGCGAUGAAGAAGAGAGCGCACUUCGUUUGUCAGAAUCCACUGUGGCUCUUUGGCCGACUUUUGCGCCUCCAAACAGAACUUUCAUUGCGACCAUCUCGCUUCAUAGCGCACAUCAAGCCGAGCAUGCGAGGAAAGUCCGACGAAAAGUACGGCGAGAUGAUGGUUGCAAUCUACAGCGUGUUCUUGCCAGUCAUACACAGCUACAUGCGCGUCCUGCAUCACAGUCUAAUACAGUCGACCUUGAUCUACUUCCCUACACCCCGAGUGCUAGGCUAUGCGACAAUUGGAACGGAACAAGAUCUGGUUGCUUGAAACCUCCACUUUUCCGCACCUGCCGACUCCCCACAGCACCGGUAGCCCGGUUCGAUCAGGCGAACGAGCGAUCUCUACGCCGAAGCAUUGGCCGACGAAAUCAACAACGUUGUGUGGCGUACUAGGCGUCCAUACUGAUCCUCAGCAUCUUAUGUCGACUGGGUAGAUCAUUAAACAGCCGAGUUUCAUCAGGAGAACCAGCGGAGCCGAAAUUGAGAUCGUUCAUGAUAUAUCACACGUGCGAUAUUUCAAAUACUCAUAUCCCCUAGAUCGUGGCAAAGCCCUCUUACUAUCUCCAUCUAUUCCCCGUCAUCUCCC